AUGUCGCUAUUUGGACAACCCAAGCCUCUUGGCUCGGGAGGGCUUUUUGGCGCGCCUCAAACUGCUCAGCCUGCUCAGCAGACACAAACGGCGGGCAACAUAUUUGGCCAGACCCAAGGCACAGGCCAGCAGGCCUCGACACUAGGAAACACGCUGCUGUCCCAGCCUCAACAGGCAGCGCAGAUUCCAGCGCUAUCGCAGUCACAAGCCCAGUUGUCUAGCUCUCUGUGGCAGCCAGGUCAAGAAACACCCCACCAGAAGCCAAUUCUGGAGCAGAUGAAGCUCGUGACAGAGAAAUGGGACCCUUCUAGCCCCAGCUGCGUUUUCAAGCACUACUUCUACAACAAAGUCGAUGAAGCACACAUUCCCUUCUACAAACCCCAAGCACACGAAGACCCUAGAGAGUGGGAGGAAGCUCUGCAGAACAAGCCCGCCCCUGGAUUCAUGCCCGUGCUAUGCGCAGGUUACACAGGCGUCGCAGACCGAUUAAAGACACAGAAGCGUGCCAUCUCCGAAUUUAACACACGACUACAUCAGAUCAACGGCUGUUUGGAUGCUCUCUUGCAGAGACACGAGCUGGAGACAGAAACCAGAGCUCUAGCUGCCAGGAGGCGGCAGACGAUGAUUUCCAAUCGAUGCCUGGCGCUGGCUGCCAAGGUGCAGAUUCUGAGGAAUCGAGGCUACGCUCUGAGUGGCGAUGAGGACGAUCUGAAGAGCAGGCUGCAAGCUUUGGAGCGCGAUGUGCAAGACCCUGCGGUCAGCGCAAGGGAGGAAGAGCUGUGGAGCAGGCUGAUUGUCUUGAGGGGAUACUCUGAGAAGCUGAGCCAAGAGCUGGAAAAGCCAACAGGAGCCGACGGCGAGGGACUGGACGAGGAGACGCAGACAAGAGCAAAACGAGUAUUGGAAGAUUACGAGAAGCAGCUCGGACACCUGAAAAAGGAGCUGGAGGCGCUGGGCGUGGACUACCAGGAUUGGGAGAACAGCAGAAACCCGCCAUCACGGUCUCGAUGA